AUGGUCGACAUGGAGUGCCACUACCAUCCGCCGUCCCCCCUGGAGGACUCGGUGUUGGACAGCCCCCUGUGUGCUGAGGAUGACUUCAUCGGGGGCAUGGAGGAGCUCCAGGACAUCUCCCAGUCCAUCGAAGAGGACGCUCUUAGCUCGUUUGAUGUCCCAGCGUACCAGUCCUCCAGCAAUGGUUCUGAGGGUUCCACUGUCCUCGACGCUCUGACGCCAGCGUCCAGCCCCUCAUCAAUUGCUUACGGGGUGGUGACCAGCCAGGAGGAGUUCUCCUCGUCCUCCUCGUCCCUCAGUCUGGAGUGUCGAGUGUGUGCUGACCGGGCCUCGGGCUACCACUAUGGUGUCCAUGCUUGUGAAGGCUGCAAGGGUUUUUUCCGGCGGACCAUCCGUCUGAAGCUGGAGUAUGACAAGUGCGAACGCCGCUGCAAAAUCCAAAAAAAGAACCGCAACAAGUGCCAAUACUGCCGCUUCCAGAAGUGCCUGGCAGUGGGCAUGUCCCACAAUGCCAUCCGGUUUGGUAGGAUGCCCCAGUCUGAGAAGCUAAAGCUGAAGGCAGAGAUGGUGACAGGGGAAAUGGUAGUGGAGGACCCCCACCUGGCUGACCAGAAGACCCUGGCCAGGCAGAUUUACGAGGCCUACCUCAAGAACUUCAACAUGAACAAGGCCAAGGCUCGGACCAUCCUCACUGGCAAGACCAGCACCCCUCCCUUCGUCAUUCACGACAUGGACACGCUCCAGCUGGCGGAGCAGACCUUGGUGGCCAAGAUGGUGGGCUCCGCCGGGACCCUGAAGGACCGGGAGGCGGAGGUUCGGAUUUUCCACUGCUGCCAGUGCACGUCGGUGGAAACCGUCACGGAGCUCACGGAGUUCGCCAAGUCCGUCCCGGGGUUCUCCAACCUGGACCUCAACGACCAGGUGACUCUGCUGAAAUACGGCGUGUACGAGGCCCUCUUCGCCAUGCUGGCCUCCAGCAUGAACAAGGACGGGCUGCUGGUGGCCUACGGCUCGGGCUUCAUCACCCGGGAGUUCCUCAAGAGCCUGCGGCGGCCGUUCAGCGACAUGAUGGAGCCCAAGUUCCAGUUUGCCAUGAAGUUUAACGCGCUGGAGCUGGAUGACAGCGACCUGGCUCUGUUUGUGGCCGCCAUCAUCUGCUGCGGAGACCGUCCAGGCCUGGUGAACGUGUCGCACAUCGAGGCCAUGCAGGAGAGCAUCGUCCAGGUUCUUCAGCUCCACCUGCUGGCCGGUCACCCGGACGACGCGUUCCUUUUCCCCAAGCUGCUGCAGAAGCUGGCCGACCUCCGGCAGCUGGUCACCGAGCACGCGCAGCUGGUGCAGGAGAUCAAAAAGACUGAGGACACAUCGCUGCACCCACUCCUACAGGAGAUCUACAGAGACAUGUACUAG